AUGGGGAAUUUUUCUGCAGCAGUUGCCACGUGGGAAAACAGAUCAGAGAAUGGCCACGUGAAAAGCAAUGGAGACUUGUCCCCUAAGGGUGAAGGGGAGUCGCCCCCGGUGAACGGAACAAAUGAGGCAGCUGGGGCCACUGGCGAUGCCAUCGAGCCAGCACCCCCUAGCCAGGGCGCUGAGGCCAAGGGGGACCCCCCCAAGGAGACCCCCAAGAAAAAGAAGAAAUUCUCUUUCAAGAAGCCUUUCAAAUUGAGUGGCCUGUCCUUCAAGAGAAAUCGUAAGGAGGGUGGGGGUUAUUCUUCUGCCUCCUCACCCACAGAGGAAGAGCAGGAGCAGGGGGAGAUCGGUGCCUGCAGUGAGGAGGGCACUGCCCAGGAAGGGAAAGCUGCUGCCACCCCUGAGAGCCAGGAGCCCCAGGCCAAGGGGGCAGAGGCUAGUGCUGCCCAGGGAGGAGACGCUGAAGAGGAGGCGGGGCCCCAAGCCGCAGAGCCAUCUACUCCCUCAGGGCCUGCUCCUGCGUCGGCCAGCGCUGAGCAGAAGGAGUAGCUGGGUGGGGGCAGGUGGGUGAUCUCUAAACUGCAAAACCUGUGCUGUCCUUGUGAGGUCAACUGCCUGGCCCUGGUGCCCUGGCUGCCUUCCUGUGCCCAGAAAGGAAGGGGCUUGUUGCCCCCUCCCAGACACAACCCCUCUCCUCUCCCUCCUGUGGAUUCUCCCAUCAGCCUUCUGGUCUUCCUGUUAGGGCCAGUUAAGGGUGGUCCCUUACAGUUUCCCAAGUUAGGUUAGUGAUGUGAAAUGCUCCUGUCCUUGA